AUGUGGCAGCGGCGCAUCAAAGCUGUUGCAGCGCAGGUGCAGCACUGGCGGGGCGUGGACCUCACAUAUGAGGGCCGCGUGCGUGUCGCCAAGCAGGUGCUGGCGGCCACGCUCGUGCACACCGCCACUUACGCCGCGCCGCCUGCUGCCCAGCUGCGAUCGCUGCAGCGGCUGAUUGAUUGCUUUGUGGCUUUUGGGGCUGCCGACGACGGCGACCCCACGCGGCCGCUGCGCGCGCGGCCCGGCAGCGCCGGCGGCGUUGCCUAA